GAAAACGAAGGAAGGGUAACUCUGGUAUUAUUGUUGAGUGUCACCAUCUCAUGUCUCGGCAAUUCUUUCCUCUAUGGCUACCAGAUUGGUGUUGUCAACCAACCAGCCAACAUCAUUCAAGAGUUUUACAACAAAACAUACUACGAAAGAAGAGGAGGUAACUGGGAAAAUAUGGAGAAAUACAAUGCUUACCUCCAGAACAGAACAGCUGUAAGAGCAGCACUGAACACCACAGGAAAUGACACAGACACAGAUAUCAAGCACCCAGCUGAUUUUGGUGCUGAUCUCAGCUUGUUGCUGGAGUCAUGGGAGGUCAAAAUAUUGUGGUCCACAACUGUGGCCGCUUUUGUUCUCUUUGGCAUGAUUGGUGCAUUUUGUUCUGCCAAAGUUGCAGACUUCUUUGGCCGCAAACGUGGUAUGAUCAUCAUCACUUUCCUAAUGUUUAUCGCAGCAGUUUUGGGAGGAAUCACGUUGGUUGCUGUUUCCCCAGAGUGUCUCAUAUUAUCUCGGGUCUUUGUGGGCAUGCAUUCUGGUCUCAACAUAACACUGUGUCCGCUGUAUCUCGCUGAAAUCUCUCCCAGGAAGAUUCGAGGUGCUAUAGGGACAUGUCAUCAACUUGCCAUCACAAUUGGCAUCUUGGUAUCACAGAUUCUUGGUUUAGCUGAGCUAUUAGGUACAAAAGAUCUGUGGCCUCUACUGUUUGCUUUCAAUGCCAUCCCAUCCCUCUUGUGUCUGGUUUUCUUGCCAUUUUUCCCUGAGAGCCCCAGGUUUCUACUCAUUAAGAAGCACCAAGAUGAAGAAGCUAAGAGUGCUUUGAUCAAGUUCCGAGGGACCGAGAAUGUCUCUGACGAGCUGGAGGAAAUGAGACUUGAGGCCAGUAAAACUGUCAGUGUCAAGAACUACACCCUCAAACAGCUGCUCACCACCCCCGAGCUCCGCAUGCCUGUCAUCAUCGCCUGCAUCCUGCAGAUCACACAGCAGUGGUCCGGAAUCAACGCUGUCAUGUCCUACUCCUCUACCCUGUUUGCUCAAGUCAACAUCCCAAUGAGCACCAUCCCAUACAUUGUCGUAGCUACAGGAACCAUCAAUGUGUUGUGUAGUAUUGUUGCCGUCCCAUUGAUGGAGAAAGCUGGGCGCCGUCCACUCCUGUUGUUCCCAACUAUUGGAAUGUUGGCUUCAUUCAUCGUCAUGAUGAUUUUCUUGAAUCUUGGCAAAAAACCUGAACUUGCUGAUCAUCAAGCAGCAUUUGCUUACAUUUGCAUUAUAGUCAUGCACACCUACAUUGUAGGAUUUGCACUGGGAUUAGGUCCAAUUCCCUUCAUUGUGGUGGGCGAGAUCUUCCGUCAGGAGCCCAGAGCAGCUGCCAUGAGCUUGUCACUAGCAUUCAACUGGGUCUGCAACUUCAUUCUGAUGUUAACCUUCCCAUUCCUUAAGGACGGCCUUGAGGAGUUUGUUUACAUCCUGUUUUCAAUCAUCCUCGCUCUGGCUAUCGUUUUCAUCUUCUUCUUCGUCCCCGAGACCAAAAACAAGACCUUCGACGAGGUGGCCAACUCCAUCUCCCUGGGGGGCAGGGCCCAGGGCAAGGACAAGAAAUACAGCGUCAACGAUGAGAAUGAGCCCAUGAGUGUGAGCAAAGUAUGAUGUGAGCCCGUCUAGGACAUUCAUCUUCUCCAACAAGGUUGUGGGAUAUCUAAAGCUCGACGCGUUCGCAACGUCCACGCUGUUAGGAAGAAAAGCUCGCGCUUUGAUGAAACUAAAGAACACAAGACCUCAACGUGGGAUUGGAUUUGUAUAUUUUUAUUUAGGUACAGAAUGUGGGAUCAUUUCUUUAUAAACGUGGGAUUAUAAAACUGUGUGUGCGUGGCAACAGAAAUGUGGUGUUGAAGUAACCCUUUGAGAUUUUUUUUUUUUUUUUUUUUACUCCUGGAGAAAAUUUUGUCCAGGAGCUGACUCAAGCUUGCUUGACAAUCCUAAAGACUGCACACCCAAAGGGAGGCUACUCUGGUUAUUAUCUAUUUUUAGUUUGAGCUAGCCAACAAUGCUUUCCUGGAUCUAUCUGUACUUCUGUAUGUCCUAUAUGUUAUAUAAUGAUUAUUCCAAAUAUUUACUUUUUUUCAAUAGGAAUUUGUUUUUUUAAAUGCAUGAUGUUAAAAAAGAAAAAAAAAAAAUAGCAUUAAAUUUAGUUUUUCUUACUUGAUGUUGUGCUUUGUAAAUGUACAAAAAAUGUUCAUAAAAUCUCUGCUGUAAUGGUUACUGAAUAAGUUUGGUGGUCUAGAACUUAGAAAAUAAGUUGACCAUCUUGGUUUGACAGUAUUCACCAGUAUUUAUACUUUUUAAAUUACCAAAAAAAAUCAUUUACAGCAGUGUAUUUAAAAAAAAAAUGAUCAUGUUUCUGUUGUAAGAGUCUAUAUUUAAAAAAAAAAAAACAAUAUUGAAGAUGUAGAAUUUUAUUAUACUACCCUAGCAAAGUGUGAUUAUUCUUACCUCAUUUGAUUCUCACCACUUUUUAACUUUUGAUUUGGUGUUAUAAAAAAAUGUAUUGUUUCUUAAUAUAAAAAUGGAUUGAUUUUGUUCUGAAUAUAAAAAAAAAAUAGUCUGUCAUUCAGUCAGGGUUUAUUUGAUCUUAUGCCACAUAUAUUUACAUGUAGAACCUCAUUUUUAUACAUAGUUUUUCUCAUAGUUUAAUAUCUACUGAAACUUUUUACACUGGGUAAAAUAAUGUUCCAUCCUUGCAUGAGUUUUUAAGUAGUCAUUUUAUUUAUUCAGAAAUCAGGAAUCAACUAAUCAGAAUAUGAUUAAAUUAAAUAAAUACUAUGGUUUUUUUUCUUUUAAUAAUAUUGAGCUAAAUUUAACAAACAAACAAAAUUCUUUAAAUAAAAAAUAAUUUUUAAAAAUAAAAAUUUCUUUUUACUCACUCAGUAUUUUUCAUUUGUCAAAACAUCAAAUUUAUUAAAAUAUACUUUCAUUGUAAAAAGCCAUGACCUAACAUUAUUUAUUUUAAAACCUUUAACUUAGUCAUUAAAGCAUUUGUAAGUAAACAAAUAUAAUAUAUCAUAACUUUUUUUUAUUAAUAAAGUAUAAAUUUAGUUUUAAUUUCAAUAGUUGAGUUUUUAUUUGUCUAGAUUUUCAGAAUUUUUAAAGUGAAUAUUUUAGUUAAUUAAUUGUGUGUUUGAAAUUUUAAUUGUGUGUACAAAUUUAAAAUUAUUUAACUGCUGUUUUUAUGGGUGUUUUAAAAAUUAAUUCCUAAAUUUGUUUUGUUUUCAUGAAUUGCAGUGAUUUUUAAACUUAACUGACAAAUCUUCAAGAAAAUCUAGCCUCAACUGAUGUUUACAUAUGUAUGUUAUUGCAGAAUAAAUAAUCAUUGAUCAGAAGUUAAAAUGCAAUUUAAAGAAAACAAAAACAUUUCAUAAGCAUCCAAUCUUUUAUAGUUUCCUCACAAAGUGAGGAAAAAUAGAUAUAUGAAAAAUUAAUGAACAUUCUUUUUCACAAUUUUAGACAAGGAUAUGAAUUUGAUAAGAAUUUUCAUAAACAAUUGAUUUUGAAAAUUUCAGAAAAAUUAUUCUUUACUGCCCUUUCUUAUCUUACAAUGGCAUUGAAUAAUUAAAUUACAGCACUAUCUAUUGGUAUAUUUAAUUGGAGAUUAUAAUAAUGUGUUCAUUAUUUAUUUUGGUCAGUUAAAUAAUAGCCAUUGCCACUUUUUAGUCUUUUAAGACAGAGAAGUAAACUUAACACUUCAUGUGCUUCCAAUAAUGACAUUGUUAGCCAUUUUUUUAACUGCCAUUUAAAGGAAUAUUGUGAGUAAUUUUAAUUCAUUGAAUUAGUAAAAUACAAUAUGUGUUUUUAAUCAGAGAAGCAUGUUAAAUAUCAUCUAGUUACUGAGAUAUACCCUCCUUGUGAACUUUUUUUUAUGUCUCUUAAAUGUGUUUGACAAGUUGUCCCACCAUUGUAUACUUUCAUGCGAUGUAAAUUUGUCAAUAUAUUAGAAAAUGAAAUAUUAUUUAUAAAAUUAUAUUUUUCUAGAAAGAACUUAAUAAACACUUUUGUUUUAAAUCUGUAGUUGAUUUUACAAUCAAACCUCAUACCAUCUUUGUUAUUAGGAUUAAACUUAUGAAUAUGAUUUUUUUUAAAAUGUUCAUUAUUAUUUUUUUUAAAAACUUAGUCAAUUGCAUCUUUGUGAUAACCUCAGGAUUUCUUAAUUUUUUUUUGGUGUUGAGUGAUUGGUUUGUUCUCUGAGCCAGAAUUUUUUAAUUGCACACGUUUUCAAAACUGACAUCUUAUUGGUUUUAAACGUUUGAUGAAAUGAAAUAUAAAAUAGCAUAAAAAUCUGAAAAAAAAUAACAUUUUAAAAAAAAAAGUAAGCUCUGGAAAUAGUCCUCAAAAUGAUUUAACAUGAUCCAUUUAAAAACUGUAGUGCGUAAGAAAAAUAGUUAAUAGAAAAUGAUUCAGUUUAUAAAUAAAAUAAAAUUAUUAUAAUUAUAACUGGUGCUUUAGACAAGAUAUUAUACAAGUUGUAGAAACUAGCGAUAACAAUAUAACACCUCAAGCAACAAUAACAAUAGUUAAUGCAUCAACAUAAGGUCUUCAUCAGAAUAAUACAGUAUAGAAUUUUUCUUCUAUACUCAGAUAUAAUUGAAGAUUAUUUAGCAGUUUAAUGCUAUUUGAUUGAAUACUGUGACAAAGUCUAGUAUUUUAUGAUGUAUUUCAGUUAAAAUAUUCAUUCCCCUAGUAAUACUAGUGUUUUGUAGAAAAUGUAAAUAAACUUUGUUUUUGUUGUUUGUUUUUACAUUGUUUGUUUACUUGCUACUCGUCAUUACAUGUAAGCACCUUCAGUUGAUGAUACUGUGGUUAGGUUUCCAGAACAGGAUCUAGUUUAUAAUUUUGAAGUCGACUUGUGUGGAAAGAUUUAUUUUCGAAACUCCAAAAAAAUAAGUUUUAAUAAUUAACGAUACUUAGAUAUUAUACAUAAAUUAAUGUGUUAUGUAACUAAUUUUUUUGUGUGGAUAAUGCUGGGUGUAUAAAGAUAAAAUUAAAUCACAAAUUAUUUUUUUUCUUUGUAUUUUUUAAGUUUUUAAUUCUUUACACAAACUGGAGUUAAAUAAUUAUCUCAAGAACCAUCCAAACAAAGGGACAUAAUCGUUUUUCUGCUCUGUUACUUCAAACUUGCUAUAUUUAAAUGUUAACUGUAAUUUUUCAAUAUUUGUUUUGUUAAAUGUAUAAAAAAUAAUAUUUGUUCCGUUAAUCUCUUGCCAGCUAUAGGCCUACUCCAUAGACAGUGUGCUUCACCUGUUUAAAAAGUGUGAAUAGCUAGAGAAUGUUUCUUUUUCUCUGUUUUAUUUUCAUAGUUAACUUUGUUCAUCAUUCAUUGUGUCUGUGUUGAAU